AAUUCGGUCCUGUGAUUGUAAAGCACAAGGGCUGGAGAGAUGAGACAGCUAGCGCUUUGUGUGUGUCCCUUUGUUAUGAUGAUAAUAUGGAUUGAAUUUACAGAGGCUGCUACUACAAACCAGAUUUCAAAAGCUAAACCAGGCGUGUGCCCGCGGAGCAGUGGAGUAGGGAUGUGCGCUGAGUUUUGCGCAAACGACAGUGACUGCCCCAGUAACGAGAAAUGCUGCCACAACGGAUGUGGGCAUGAGUGUACCCCACCUUACCCAGCUAAAGCAGGCGUGUGCCCGCGGAGCAGUGGAGUAGGGAUGUGCGCUGAGUUAUGCGCAAACGACAGUGACUGCCCCUGUAACGAGAAAUGCUGCCACAAUGGAUGUGGGCAUCAGUGUAUCCCACCUUCUAAACCAGGCGUGUGCCCGCGGAGCCAUGGAGUAGGGGUAGGCCUAUGCGCUGAGUUUUGCUCAAACGACAGUGACUGCCCCGGUAACGAGAAAUGCUGCUCCAACGGAUGUGGGCAUUCGUGUAUCCCACCUUACCCAGUUGCAGCUAAACCAGGCGUGUGCCCGCGGAACAGUGGAGUAGGGAUAUGCGUGUAUGCUGAGUUUUGCGCAAACGACUUUGACUGCCCACGUAACGAGAAAUGCUGCUCCAACGGAUGUGGGCGUCGGUGUAUCCCACCUUACCCAGCUAAACCAGGCGUGUGCCCGCGGACGCGGAGCAGUGGAGUAGGGAUCUGCACUGAGUCAUGCGCAAACGACAGUGACUGCCCCAGUAACGAGAAAUGCUGCUCCAACGGAUGUGGGCAUCAGUGUAUCCCACCUUAG